GAAGAUUCUCAUUUCAACUUCAUUUUGAACAAUUGCACACCUUCCAUGUCUUGUUGUACUCUUUUUUCUGAGUCCCUUCCCUUUUGUCCUCUGAAACCCAAUAAUUUGACAAUUUCUGCAACUUGGUCUUUUUUUCUUUAAUUGGACAAUUAUUACUUUAUCAUUACAGUAGCAGGCUAGCAGCAGUAUGAGAAGAAGGCCCAUAACUUUAUUACCUUUUCUUAGGAUUUGUUCAAACACAGUUUUCUUUUUGCAUGGAAACUCUUCAAGAGAAGAAGGUAAAGGCACAAAUGAUUAGGAGGGACAUGUUUCAAAUGUUAUCAAGUUUAAACUUCAAAUUCAAAUCCAGCACAUAAAAAGGUGCUGAGAAUUUUGGUUGAUCACAGAUUCUAGAGCAAAGAUGAAGAAAUUAUCAAACUUUGAUGAAAUUUCUGAUGUGGGUUAUGAUCACCCUUCACCUUCUAUGGAUCACUCAGCUCCUAAUACUCCUGCUUUCUCCCCAAUGAGUCGUGAUUCUCUUGCAUACUGCCGAGCCUGGACAAGCUCAGAGGCAUCAAAUUCUAACUUCUCAGAGAUUGUAGAUGACAGCAGCUACUCCAGUGAACCUUCGCCGUGUCGCUGGACGGCGGUUAAAGCUUCGCCGAUGAAGCUGCGGAAGCAUUCACUGGAUGAUAAGCUUGAUGACAGUGAUCUCCUUGAUUCAGAUGAGUUUCAAAUGAUGAAGGAAAGAUUUGCAAAGCUUCUGCUUGGGGAAGACAUGUCUGGUGGUGGGAAAGGUGUUUGCACUGCAGUUACAAUCUCCAAUGCCAUUACCAAUCUCUAUGCAACUGUAUUUGGACAAAACUUAAAGUUGGAGCCACUGAAGCCUGAGAAGAAGGCCAUGUGGAAAAGGGAAAUGAAGGUUCUUCUGUCAGUGUGUGAUUACAUCCAAGAAUUUGCCCCAACUGCACAAUAUUUAGAAGAUGGCACAAUUGUGGAGAUGAUGAAAAGCAGGCCAAGGUCAGACCUAUAUAUCAACCUCCCUGCACUGCAAAAGCUUGACACAAUGCUCAUAGAAAUAUUGGAUACUUUUGAGGAUACUGAAUUUUGGUAUGCAGAGAACAUACCUGGGAACUCAACUCGGUCACCGCGCGCAGCCUCGUUUCGGAAGAUUGUUCCGAGGAAAGAUGAGAAGUGGUGGCUUCCAGUUCCUUGUGUUCUCCCUGGUGGCCUCUCUGAUAAGUCAAGGAAGCACCUUAUAGAGAAAAGGGAUUGUGCUAAUCAAAUUCAUAAAGCAGCGAUGGCAAUAAAUAGCAAUGUUCUUGCAGAAAUUGAUAUCCCAGAAACAUAUAUAGAUGAUCUUCCCAAGCUCACAUUCUAUUGCCAAGUGAUUGAGGAUUCCAUUACAUGUGAUCCCAUAAAGCAAAUGUCUUGGAAUUUCUCAUCAAAUUUCAUAAGCCUUUUAUGGAAGCCAAUAAUUGCAGCUGAGACUUGUAGAAAAAGGGAUGAUAUAACUUCAUAUAAGAGUGGAAGAGCAAGUCUAGGGGACUCAAUUUACCACUACAUGAACACUGCAGACAAGUUCUCCCCUGAUCACCUUCUUGAGUUUCUAAAGAUAAGUUCAGAACAUGAAGCACUUGACCUAGUAGACAGGGUCGAAUCGUCGAUGUACACGUGGAGGCGUAAAGCUUGUCUGAGCCAUUCAAAGUCAUCAUGGAAAAAAGUUAAGGAUCUCAUGGCUGAUACCGACUGCAAGGACAAAAACUACAUCUUAGCUGAGAGAGCUGAGACACUGUUGUUUUGCCUGAAGCAAAGAUAUCCUGAACUCUCACAAACUUCUCUGGACACGACCAAGAUCCAAUACAACAGGGAUGUAGGGAAAGCAGUGCUAGAAAGUUAUUCAAGAGUUUUAGAAGGCCUAGCAUUCAACAUUGUUGCUUGGGUUGAAGAUGUUCUUGAUGUAGAUAAAUCAAUGAGGAAUCGAGAAGUCUAAAACCACAAUUGAGUUUUUCACGUAUAUCCAAUCACCGGUGCUUUUUCAUCCAACAAUAUUUUGUAAACCAUAGCUUUAGGAGAAUGUAGACAGGUAAUGGAUUGUUGUGUGGUAGAUAUUCACUUGCUUUGUAUGAAGCUUAUUUGACAAUAGUACAGUUUCAACAUUCAGUUGAAGUUUAAUUAUAACUGCUUCUCCAAAAAAAAAGGUAGAAUCAGUAUUAUUGUCUGAAUUUUGAAAUAUAUUUUC